AUGGAGGAUAAUGGAGGAAGCAAGGUGACAGGAAUCAGGCAAAUUGUUAGACUCAAGGAGUUCCUUCAAAAAUGGCAAAACGUAACACUUAGCCCCAAGGGUAAUAACAUGCGAUCAAACGAGAAUCAAGUUCCCGGAGGCAUUUCACCGGCAAUUAAUAGAAGGCUGAGGAGCACUAACGUAUAUUGCGACUCGGAUGAGGAUGGUUGCCAGAGUCCAGAAUCACCAUACGAUGUUCCAAAAGGCUACCUUGCAGUUUAUGUUGGGCCGGAGCUUCGGAGGUUUAUAAUCCCCACUAGCUAUCUUAGUGAUCCACUGUUUAAGGUGUUGCUAGAAAAGGUUGAGGAGGAGUUUGGAUUUGAUCAUAGUGGCGCUCUCACAAUCCCGUGCGAGACUGAGACUUUCAAGUAUCUCCUGCAGUGCAUGGAAAAUCAUCGAAAAGAGCAAGCCCAAGGCAGUGCAGCUGGGACAUCAUAUUCUGUUGAGGAAUGA